CCCACGGCCCGGAGCCGGUCGCGGGGUGACCGUGGCAGGUGCCGGUCGUGGGCCAGAUGUGGCGGGGCGCAGCUGGGUCCCUACGCAGGGCGUGGGGAGUCCCGGGGAGGCCCUGGAGCAGCGGCGGCAGCGCAGCGUCAGACCCUCGGGGCGCUCCCAGCUGCUGGAACUGUGGGGGCCAGAGGGCAUCCGUGGGCGGAGACGCACUCUUCUGUUCGGCCUGCCGCGCGCUGCAACCGCCCAGCCCCGAGCCGGACUUUUUCCGCCUCAUGGACUGUGGCCGGUCCUUCACUGUGGAUGUCCGGAAGCUGCAGCAUCGGUACCAGCAGCUCCAGCGCCAGGUCCACCCCGAUAACUUCAGCCAGAAGUCUCAGACUGAAAGAGACUUCUCCGAACAGCAUUCCACACUGGUGAAUGAGGCCUACAGGACCCUGCUCACCCCGAUAAGUCGGGGGUUAUACCUGCUGAAGCUCCAUGGAAUGGAGAUCCCCGAGGGCACAGAUAGUAGCAUGGACAUGGAGUUUCUCGGAGAAAUCAUGGAGGUCAAUGAGAAGCUUGCUGAAGCUCACAAUGAGGCGGCAACUGAAGAGAUUGGAGCCUUUGUUAGAGCUAAGCAGAAAGAAUUGACCGAAGAUUUGGCCAGAGCUUUUGAACAAGGUGACCUUCAGAAAGCCAUGAAACUUUUAGGGAAAAUGAAAUACUUUUCAAAUUUAGAUGAAAAGGUGAAAAUAAAGAAGACAUCAACCUAACCAGGGAUGGAUCCUAAUUCCACAUUGUCUUUGUUUCCACUGAGUUCUUGGCCAGAUCCUUUUCUUUAUGUGUUC